UGUCUGGCUUAUGUUACAGAUUUACUGGCCGCCUCUCCCAGGACAGAAAGAAGAAUGUUUUCGGAAAGGAAAAGACUCGGUGACGGAAUGUGCCAACUAUAUCAGAGUACUUUAUCCUUUAAACCGGACACACCUCUUGGCCUGUGGGACUGGAGCUUUCCACCCAAUCUGUGCUCUUGUUUACGUGGGACACCGAGGAGAGCAUGUGUUUAACUUGGAUCCAACCAGUGUAGAAAGUGGGCGGGGCAGAUGUCCACAUGAGCCCAAUCGGGGAUUUGCGAGCGCUUUCAUAGGUGGAGAUUUGUAUACUGGGCUAACAGCAGAUUUCUUGGGCAGGGACUCUGUCAUCUUCCGAACCAUGGGGCAUCGGUCCUCUCUACGUACUGAGAUGGACCAGCGGCUGCUUAACGCCCCCAAAUUUGUCUCUGCCUACCUGAUCCCAGACAAUGAUGAUCGGGACAAUGACAAGGUCUAUUUUUUCUUCACUGAGAAGGCAGUAGAGUCAGACAGCAAAGGGCGUGCCAUCUUCAGCCGUGUUGGAAGGAUCUGCGUGAAUGAUGCUGGGGGACAACGAGUGCUGGUCAACAAAUGGAGCACCUUCAACAAGGCCCGGCUCGUGUGCUCUGUCCCGGGACCAGACGGCAUCGACACCUACUUUGAUGAGCUGGAAGAUGUCUUUCUUCUGAGAACUAAAGAUGGGAAGAGUCCUGAAAUCUACGCGCUCUUUAGCACCAUCAGCAAUGUCUUCCAAGGCUUUGCCGUCUGUGUAUAUCGUAUGGCAGACAUCUGGGAGGUUUUUAAUGGACCGUAUGCUCACAAAGAUGGCCCUGAUCACCAGUGGGCAGCUUAUGAAGGCAAGGUGCCUUACCCAAGGCCAGGAGUGUGCCCCAGCAAAACCACCAACCAGCCGAGCCGUCAGUACUCCUCCACCAAGGACUAUCCGGACGAGGUGCUCCACUUCGCACGUGCCCACCCACUGAUGAGCAAGGCUGUGCACCCAGUCCAUCGCCGGCCUGUGCUGGUGAAGACCAACCUUCAGCAUCGCCUGAGGCAGAUAGUGGUGGACCGCGUGGAAGCUGAGGACGGGCAGUACGAUGUCAUGUUCAUCGGCACAGAUGCUGGCUCCAUACUGAAGGUCAUAGCUCUUCAGAGAGGGAACUCUGCAGCGGCUGAAGAAGUCAUUUUGGAAGAACUUCAAGUGUUUAAGGCAUCAGUCCCCAUUACGGAGAUGGAAAUCUCUGUCAAACGACAAAUGCUUUAUGUGGGCUCCCGGGUGGGAGUUGCGCAAGUGAAGCUGCACCAGUGUGAGACCUACGGGACAGCCUGUGCGGAGUGCUGCUUGGCACGGGACCCUUACUGUGCCUGGGACGGCCACACCUGCACCAGAUACCAGGCAUCAGGCAAGCGCCGCUUCCGCCGGCAGGACAUCCGAAAUGGGAACCCCAUGCACCAUUGCCUGGACCAAAACUUGACAGUGGAUGACUUCGACAGCACAGAGGAGAAAGUGGUGUAUGGGACUGAGCACAACAGCACAUUCCUGGAGUGCAUCCCCAAGUCGCCCCAGGCCACAGUGCAGUGGUUCGUACACCGGUCCCCAGAGGAGCUAAGAGACGAGGUGAAAACGGAUGACCGGAUCAUGAAGACUGAACAAGGACUGCUGUUCCGGAAGCUGUUCCGCCAGGAUGCCGGGAUGUAUUACUGCAAGGCUCAGGAGCACGGCUUCGCUCAGACCGUCACCAAGAUCAUGCUGGAGGUGAUUGAGGGCGAGCAGCUGGAGCAGGUCUUCCAGCGAGAGCAAGAGGAGGAGCCGCCCCGCCUGCCUUGCCGGGGCCCCGAUCCUCGAAUGCUGCACGGGCAGAGGAUGUGGUUUAAAGACAUCAUGCACCUUAUUGGCUAUGCCAACCUGCAGAGAGUAGAGGAGUACUGUGAGCGUGUGUGGUGCGGGGACCGCCAGCUGCGGCACAAAGGCAAGUCCCCAAAGAGCAAGAACAUGUUGGACGGAGGCAAAAAGGGGCGGGCCAAGCAGCACAGUGAGAGGAACCGGGUGCCCAGGGAGGCAGCAGCCACAUAAGAGGAAGCGGACGCCGGCACAUGGCAAGAAGAGAACGUGGAGGAGGAGGGACAUCAUGGACACACCUUCCUCUUUGUAGACAACAAUCAGCCCCUCCAGGAACCGUCUGCAUGAUGGGACAGGUCCUGAUGCGAGGGCCGUUUUGCUGAUCGGCUGAGCCAGGAGACCUUCCUUGCUGGAAGCAUGCCUCUUCCCCCCACCACCAGCACUGGGCACAAGGCCUCCAAAGGCACCAGCACGGCUCCUUUCCCUAUCCCUCCUUGAUGCCUUUUGCUCACACACCAUGAGUCUGUGGCAUCCGGGGUGGGAAGGUGUGGGGCAGCCUUACGCAUGGAGACCCUGUGCACUUUCAGUGCUGCUCCCUAGGAGGAGGUUGCUCAGUCUGACUGGGCCACAUGAUGCUAAGAAGGGUGCGCUUGGGAUCCCACCACGUGGCUGGCUGAAGACAAAGGGAGGCCAUAAGCCCUGCUCAUUGCAAGUCUGCUUCAAAAACUGGGCAGAAAUAUUAGGAAGCUGCUGCAAGGGAUGGCGGGUGCUGGCAGCCAGGGCUCUCCUGGAGGUGCCACGUGGCAGGCGCCAGGUGCAUAGAGCAGAAGCCGAGAUCACCCCUUUGAAGAGAGCAGACAGCUGACCUCAGUGGGCUUUUCCUGUAUAGCACAUACAUUUAGAAAGUGAGUGGGUAGGAUCACUGAGCUACAGAAUGCCUUUGGUGGCAGAGGAGGCAAAUAUUUAUUUGUACAUCCAAAGAACCCGAUUGUCUCAAGCGAGCUCAGCUUGGCCCUGGUCAGCAGGUAGAAAGCAAUAUAAACUCUGGGCAUUUCCACACAUGAGGCUUCAAAGGGCUGCCUGUUUUGCAAUGUGACUCUGUGCCAUACCUGUGCCCAAAAGAUCCAUUUGUAUUACAGACACCCCUUUCCUGCUUCCCCAUUUAAAUGAGCAAUGAUUAGGUGUUGCAUAAAUAUGCUUGUAUAAAAUAUGUUUGCCUACAGAGCGCAAAAAGAGAUCCAUGUGUUAUAUUGCAGCUGUUAGUCUGGUGCAAAACUGGAGUGGGGUUAGGGAUCCUGUGGGGUGGGUGAGUGAGUGGCAGGGGAAAAUCAUUUCCUUCCUCCAGCCCCUUCCUGUUGCAAAGCACCCACUCCCAGGAAUGAGCUGGAUCACCAAAGGAACCACCUGGUUGUCUCGACAAGCGGCUGCGGCAUAACCCUCAGCCACAUGUACUCAGACCUCCUCUGCUUUGCGUGCAGCCUCAUGUACCCAGAACAGCUGCCUCUCCGUGUAAGAUCCUCCUCGUCUGUGUCUUCGAGGCACUCCCAGUGACACUCGCUGAGCCAUGCAGCAUUUCUGUGCCUCAGUGUCAGAACCCCAUCAAGGUACUGACCUUGAGUAAGCUCUCUUUCACUCCUGUGUCUCUAUGAAAACACCAACAGCUGAAUGAAAACCACCAGUUUGUUCAACCAUUAAAUGAAAUCCUUGUGCUGUGA